AGGGCCAGGGGGCGGUGGCGGCCACGGUCCGGCCGGGUGCCCGCUGUUCCCGGCCCCCGCCUCGGGCCCGCCGCCGGCGCCGCCAUGGGCAAGAAGCACAAGAAGCACAAGGCCGAGUGGCGCUCGUCCUACGAGGAUUAUGCCGACAAGCCCCUGGAGAAGCCUCUAAAGCUAGUCCUCAAGGUCGGAGGAAGUGAAGUGACUGAACUCUCAGGAUCCGGCCACGACUCCAGUUACUAUGAUGACAGGUCAGACCAUGAGCGAGAGAGGCACAAAGAAAAGAAAAAGAAGAAGAAGAAGAAGUCCGAGAAGGAGAAGCAUCUGGACGAUGAGGAAAGAAGGAAGCGAAAGGAAGAGAAGAAGCGGAAGCGAGAGAGGGAGCACUGUGACACGGAGGGAGAGGCUGACGACUUUGAUCCUGGGAAGAAGGUGGAGGUGGAGCCGCCCCCAGAUCGGCCAGUCCGAGCGUGCCGGACACAGCCAGCUGAAAAUGAGAGCACACCUAUUCAGCAACUCCUGGAACACUUCCUCCGCCAGCUUCAGAGAAAAGAUCCCCAUGGAUUUUUUGCUUUUCCUGUCACGGAUGCAAUUGCUCCUGGGUAUUCGAUGAUAAUAAAACACCCCAUGGAUUUUGGUACCAUGAAAGACAAAAUCGUAGCCAAUGAAUACAAGUCAGUUACGGAAUUUAAGGCAGAUUUCAAACUGAUGUGUGAUAAUGCAAUGACAUACAAUAGGCCAGAUACUGUGUACUACAAGUUGGCAAAGAAGAUCCUUCACGCAGGCUUUAAGAUGAUGAGCAAAGAGCGGCUGUUAGCUUUGAAGCGCAGCAUGUCGUUUAUGCAGGACAUGGAUUUUUCUCAGCAGGCAGCUCUUUUGGGCAAUGAAGAUACAGCUGUUGAGGAACCUGUCCCUGAAGUUGUACCAGUACAAGUAGAAACUGCCAAGAAAUCCAAAAAGCCGAGUAGAGAAGUUAUCAGCUGCAUGUUUGAGCCUGAAGGGAACGCCUGCAGCUUGACGGACAGUACCGCAGAGGAGCACGUGCUGGCGCUGGUGGAGCACGCGGCUGACGAAGCUCGGGACAGGAUCAACCGGUUCCUCCCAGGCGGCAAGGGCCCUGGUCAUCCUGUGGGCUCUGAUACUUCGCAUGGAUCGGCGGUGGGGAGCUGCCCCCACACAAACGUCUGGCUCUUCUCAGGCCAGAUGGGCUAUCUGAAGAGGAACGGGGAUGGGAGCCUGCUCUACAGCGUGGUCAACACGGCCGAGCCGGACGCUGAUGAGGAGGAGACCCACCCAGUGGACUUGAGCUCGCUCUCCAGUAAGCUGCUCCCAGGCUUCACCACGCUGGGCUUCAAAGACGAGAGAAGAAACAAAGUCACCUUUCUCUCCAGUGCCACUACUGCGCUUUCGAUGCAGAAUAAUUCAGUAUUUGGUGACUUGAAGUCGGACGAGAUGGAACUGCUCUAUUCAGCCUACGGAGAUGAGACAGGCGUGCAGUGCGCGCUGAGCCUGCAGGAGUUUGUGAAGGAUGCUGGGAGCUACAGCAAGAAAGUGGUGGACGACCUCCUAGACCAGAUCACAGGCGGAGACCACUCCAGGACGCUUUUCCAGCUGAAGCAGAGAAGAAAUGUUCCCAUGAAACCUCCAGAUGAAGCCAAGGUUGGGGACACCCUAGGAGACAGCAGUGGCUCUGUUCUGGAGUUCAUGUCGAUGAAGUCCUAUCCCGACGUCUCUGUGGAUAUCUCCAUGCUCAGCUCUCUGGGGAAGGUGAAGAAGGAGCUGGACCCUGACGACAGCCAUUUGAACUUGGAUGAGACGACCAAGCUCCUGCAGGACCUGCACGAAGCACAGGCGGAGCGCGGUGGCUCUCGGCCGUCGUCCAACCUCAGCUCCCUGUCCAACGCCUCCGAGAGGGACCAGCACCACCUGGGAAGCCCUUCUCGCCUGAGUGUCGGGGAGCAGCCAGACGUCACCCACGACCCCUAUGAGUUUCUUCAGUCUCCAGAGCCUGCGGCCUCCGCCAAGACCUAGCUCUAGACCACCUUCAGCUCUUUUAUUUUAUUUUUUAAGUUUUAUUUUGCACAUGUAGAGUUUUUGUCAUCAGACAAGGACUUUGAUCCUGUCCCCUUUGGCAUGCGGGAAGCAGCCCCGGGGAGGUAAUGAAUUGUCUGUGGUAUCAUGUCAGCAGAGUCUCCAAGCCCCAUGAACCCUGAGGAGUGGAGUCAUACGCGAAGGCCGUGUGGCCAGGCCGCAGAGCUGCGUGCUGUCUGUGUCCGAGCAUCACGUGUGGCUCCAGCCCUUGUUUCUGCCAGUGUAGACACCUCUGUCUGCCCCACUGUCCUGGGGUCGCUCUUGGGAGGCACAGGCAUGGGUGUGUCUGGCCUCAUUCUGUAUCAGUCCUGCGUGUUCCUGUCAUAGUUUGUGUUUCCCAGGCAGGCCAUGGUAGGGGCCUUGCAGGGGCCAGUGGGGAGCACGGGGCCAGGCUGGGGUGAGGAGAGCUCCCCUGUUUUCUGUUUAAUUGAUGAGCCUGGGAAAGGAGUGUGUUCUGCCUGCCCGUUACAGUGGAGCGUUCCGUGUCCAUAAAACGUUUUCUAACUGGG